AUGGCGGCAGGCUAUGGCCUCCAAAGUGUUCGAGACGUUUUGCUAGUGCCUUAUUUCGACGAUGUCAUUGAUAAUGAGGAAUUUACGCUUUUUUACGAAAAAAACUAUGCAAGAGGAAUAUUUCCAUAUUGGAAGUAUGACAAAUUCGAUUUGGAUGAUUGGGAUGAAGAGGAAUGUAAAGUCAAGUUGAGAUUCGACAAAUCUGACCUUGCUGUCCUGCUCCAUGCAUUGAGAUUUCCCGAUAGAUUUGUUUGUUCUCAGAGGGCUGUCUGUUCCGGAAUGGAAGGCCUUUGCAUCUUGUUAAAACGACUUCCUUUUCCUUGUAGAUUUACUGAUAUGGUGAUGCGUUUUGGCAGGUAUCUAACUGAACUUUGUUUGAUCUUCAAUCACGUUUUAGACUUUGUUUACCAGACACACCAACAUCUUUUAAAUUCUUGGAACCAACUUUUUCUUAAUACACCAGCUCUAGAACAAUAUGCUCAAAGCAUUCAUGCCCGUGGAGCUCCUCUUCAAAACUGUUUUGGCUUUGUGGACGGGACCUUGUGCAAGAUAUCUCGCCCAAAGAAUAAUCAGCGUGAAGUUUACAAUGGACACAAACGUGUGUAUGCAUUAAAAUUUCAGAAUGUUGUUCUUCCAAAUGGGCUCAUAGCCAACCUAAAUGGACCCUAUGAGGGGCAAAGGCAUGAUGCCACGAUGCUCUGUGAAUCAGGCUUACUAAGGGAUCUCCAAGUACAUGGGCAAAUGAUGGGAGGCCGUUAUGUUUGUACGGCGACCCAGCAUAUCCUUUAG